GAGGCUCAAUUCAAAUUAGCGAUUUAUGCCAGAGUCGAAGUUCCAACUUCUUUCCGUCACUAACAUACGUACUAUAUAACAUACGUUCAACCCCACACAAAGCAUUCAACAACAAUUUCGUCCUUGUAUUAUCGGGAUUCUUCCCAGAUGCGCCGCACAUCCAUCGUCGCAUAUUCCUAGAGCAUCAUUCAAUGUAAUUCAUAAUUCGGUUAGAAGAGCGACGUUUUGUCAAUCAUCUUCCUGCUCGUCGCGCGCGCAUCUCAAAUUGUUAAGCAAAUCUACACGUCGAAACUACGUCGCGAUCAAUGUCCAUAGCAAAAGAGAACUUGGCCAUACUCUUAGUCCCUAGCCGCUACUGAUUGAGCGUCAUUUGGUCGCUUCGUAGCGCGCAGGGCCCUAUAUCAACUAUGGCUCCAGUCGUCGCUGCCGUUGCUCCUCCACCGCCGACCCCCAAGAUUAAACGUCCACCGCCGCCCGGUAUCCAGACAAAUGGCGUAUCUUCAUUGCAAUCUUCUCCGUCUCCAAAUAUGACUGCUAAGCGUCCUCCACCUGCCGUGGCCAAACAGCAGCAACAGCAACAUGCAUCGAACUCAUCCGCAACAAACGGCACUAACGGGACUGCUCAUCGACCCGGCGUAGCCCGUUCGAGACGCGAUACAUCUAAUCAGGUUCCAGGACGUAAUCAGAGGAAUAAUGCGUCUCUGAGGUCAGCUACAUUGGCUCCCGACACGUCGUUACAUAGAUCGUUUGAGCCGCGUCCAGAUGUUGUCACCGAUUCCUAUAUUCUAAAGAAAUAUGCCGGGCACCCCCCGUCGCUGAUCGUGCAUCUAUAUCCCAAUCAUUUUCGAUUCGAUAUGCAAGAUAGCGUUUUUUCGUACAAGUCUCCGAUGAGGGCCUUUUUAGAUCACGUCAGAAACCGAACAGUACCACACGACAUGUUACAGGAUCUUAACGAAGCCGGCGUUGCUUUUUACGAGGGUUGCCUAAUCGUACAAGUACAUGACCAUAAGACUGCUGCGCAGGCUAAGGACGUUGCGCGUCCUGCCUCUAAAUCUACCUCAGAGAAGCCCUCCUCGAUCCAUAACUAUAACCCUUAUAUUACGCCCUCUCCCUACGUCCCAUUUCCCAAGGACAGCGCCGAAAAUGGCCUUCAAGAAGGCGACGUAAAGCCCGCGCAUAACGAUUCUAACGAUAAAGAGAACAUGCCGGCCCCACCUGCUCCUACUACUGAUGGGCAGAAAGCUAAGGCACAGGCGGAAGUUAAAAUCUUUACAGUCGUCCUUCAUCCAACCCCGCAGAGUUUACACAUGGACUUGAUGAUUAAAGCGUGUACGCCACGUGGAUCUGGUGAUGCGAAGGCCGGUGGGGAUUCUAAUGGCGUACCGCCCACCCCGAUAUCUGCUGUGCCUCCAACUCCAACUGCAGCGAAUAUGCCACCGCCGGCUAAGAAAGUAAAACGAGAAAAGAUGGAACUGGAUGGGAGCAAUAUAUAUGCGGCUGAGGCACAGAUCCUACUCGCGACCUCGGCUCCGCUAAACUUAGACGUACCCAAAAAUAGAGAGGAUGCCGUCGCGCUCCUGCUCAAGCGCAUGGCUGAUCCGAAACACUCGGAGCCUCCGCCUGAGCCAAAGGCUCGGAAACGGACUGUAGCUGAAAGGGCCGCUGACGAGGCCCUGGCUGCAGAGCAAGAGAAAUAUAUGCUUACAUACGAUGAGCGCCGCUCCGCUAAUACUGGCGGUGCCCAGACUGGUGCUGAUGGUGCCGAUGGUGACGGUCAAUCUGGUGCAGCCACUUUUGAGCCUCGCUUCGAGAGAUUCAAGGUUCUUGCAGAUAUCAAGAGUGCGCAUAAGGCGAAGAAAGAACAGGAGAAGAUUCAGCAGGCAGAAAAUGAGCGCAAACUUCAAAUCCAGAAGCAGGAACAGGCCGCAUUACUACAACGGCAGCAAGCCGAACAAGAAAAGUCACGCCGCGAGGAAGCUCAGCGGCAAGCGCAGAUACGGCAGCAGCAGCAGCAGGAAGCACAGCGACGUGCUAUAGCCCAGCAGCAGGCCCAAGCCCAACAGGCCCAAGCUCAGGUUCAAGCACAACAGGCACAACAGGCUCAGGCUCAGGCACAGGCACAGGCUCAGGCUCAGGCCGCACAAUCGCCUCCAAACGCGCAAUUAAACCAAAUACCACAAUCGUCUCACGGACACCCUGUGCAAAACGGGCUUGCUAACGGUGUCAUGUCGGCUCAGGCUCCUCACAGGUUCCCACAGCAGGUCUCACAAGCGCCUGUCUCAUCUCCGGUCGUUCGCCAGAACACACCGCAAAACAUGUCGAGCCCUAUGGUUGGAAAUGCGCCGAUGCAACAGACUAAUUCGGGUAUGGGCGCCAGUCCUCAAAGGCCGUCCUCUGUCGUGCAGAGCCACGGGCCAAUGUCUGCACCCAUGGCAGUUAGCAUGUCUGCAAGGGGUAGUCAGCAAAGUCAUCCCUCGAACACGCCUCGUAUGCCGAGCGCGACACCACAAAUGUCGCACGCUACCCCGAUCAAUCGACCGAUGCCCACGCCCCGGAUGAGCCAAGCCAGUUCACCCCCGGGCAUGAUGGCCCAGAAUUCACAUAUGGGUCAAAUGCUUAUGGGCAAUCAGAAUAUGGGCCAGCCUAUACCUAACCAGAUGAUGGUAGCUCAAAUACAGCAGCAGCAGCGUCAACAGAUUGCUCAACAGCAACAGCUACAAGCUAUGCAGAAUGGGAUGAUGAAUAGGCAGAAUCCAGCAAUGCAUAACCAAAUGUUACAGAAUCAAUAUAUGCGCCAGCAGAUGAUGAACAUGAGCAUGCAAAAUCCCAAUAUGCUGAGUGCUGCCCAGCAGGCACAGCUUCAUCGAUACCAGCAGCAGAUGAGCAGCAUGCAGCAGCAGCAGCAGCAGCAGCAGCAGCAACAGCAUCCACAAAUGCAAGGGCAGAUGCCCACCCAGCAAAUGGGCAACCAGAAUUUUAUGAACACUGGCAACGGAAUGAACCCCGCUCAGAUAGCUGCCAUGCAGCAGAUGCAGCAGCAGAUGCAACAGCAACAGCAACAGCAACAAGGUCAGCACCCGGGAAAUGGACAGAACCCUUUCGCGAUACAGAUACGGCAGAGGCAGCAGCAAUUCUACCGCGCGCAUUUCGCACAGUGGGCAGAACGGUUUGGCGGCCCCCAGAGCGUACCGCCCGACCUUCACGAGCAGUUCAAACAGAACUGCUUGAGGAAAGCCCAAGAGUCGUUACAGCGUGAUAUUGCUCAACGGCGGCAGCAAAUGACUCAAAACAUGCAGAAUGGCAUGCAGAACGGGAUGCAGAACGGAAUGCCGAACGGGAUGCCGAAUGGGAUGCAAGGUGGUAUGCAAAACGGGAUGAAUGGGAUGAACGGAAUGAUGUAAUAAGGGACGGUGGCCGAGAUACAUAGUAGAAAUGUUGUGAUCUCAACCACGUCUGCGUUGGAAUUGUACAAACAAAGGGGCUCGGGGUAGCAUCAGAUGGGGUGCCAUUUAUACGUGCGACUUAUAUGGCGUUCAUAGGAGUAAUGGGGGCGUACAAGGCUACAAAGCCGUAGCAUUAUCGGGGUAUCCCCUCGGACCAGGCGGGUCAGGUUUAUUUCUAUUAUACCCAUUUCGCUAGUUUGCUACGGGAUCACGAACAACAGAACAUGUUGGAUGGAAGGGAUCCUUUAAAUAAGAAUCGUAGAAUCAAAAUUUGUAUUGACCUUCAA